AUGGCCGGAAAGGACGUUGUUGUGACUGGCGCGACCGGCCUCCUGGGACGCCAGGUCGCUAGAGCUUUCGACCGCAAAAGCUGGAAUGUCAAGGGCACGGGAUACUCUCGCGCAGACAACGUGUCGGUGUUCAAGGUCGAUCUGGGAAGCCCUGUCGGAGUUGAAAAGUUUCUCGAGGAGUCCAACGACCCCGACGCCGCCAGAGCACUCAACGUUGCCGCCACCAAGUCACUCGCCAGCCUUUGUGCUGCUCGGGGCAUCUUCCUCAUCUACAUUUCCACCGACUACGUCUUCUCUGGAAAGCCUGGAGAGGCCCCCUACGAGAAUGACGCCCAGACUGGCCCUACGAACUUGUACGGCCAGACUAAGCUGGAUGGAGAGCAUGCUAUGCUAGAGGAGUACAAGCAGGCCGGCCGCGAAGGUCUCGGUGUCGUCCUGCGCGUACCGGUCCUGUACGGUCAGGCAGAAACGCCUGCCGAGAGUGCCACCAACAUCCUCUUGGACACUCUGUGGAAGACGCAGGACGGGCAGUCAAAGGUGAAGAUGGACCACUGGGCCAUCCGAUACCCCACCAACACUGAAGAUGUUGGUCGCGUGUGCCAUGAUAUUGCUGUCAAGUACAUCGAGGCCGACGACCGUAGCUCGUUCCCCAAGAUCCUCCAGUUCUCCAGUGAGGACAGAAUGACCAAGUACGAGAUCUGCCAGACGUUUGCCGAGAUCAUGGACUUGUCGAUGGACGGCAUCAUUGCGAACACGGAGGGCAACGACCCCAAUGCUAGCGUGCAGCGUCCGUACGACUGCCACCUUAGCACCAAAGCGCUCAAGAACCUAGGCAUCGACGUAUCGACAAGCGACUUUAUUGGAUGGUGGAGACGCGAGGUGCACGCUUUCCGACAUUAG